AUGCCCACCCAAAGACCCUCGUCAUCCUCGUCCAAUGGACACGAUACCGAGAUGAUCGAUGCUGCCGCUGAAAACGAUGAUGCCCCUUACGACAGCGAGUCCGACCUCUCUGACGUUGCCAACCCCAUAGUCGGCGAACCCUCACCGGCGACAUCCUCAAGUCACCAAUCCGAGACGAGAGCUCGGGAUUCAGACGCCUCCGAGUCUUCCCCCGCAGAAGCCCAAGAGGAAUCCGACGAUGCCGACUUCGAUGUGGAGGACAGCCUGCCUGAAGCACCGGUGAAUGCAGCACGCGAGGACCGAUCCACCUCCACCGAGUCACGUCGUCCUGCGAAGCGGAAGUUGGGAGUAGAGGACGAGCACAUGCUUGCCAAUCCCGAACUUUACGGUCUGCGAAGAAGCGGCCGUCCUGUCCAACAACGAGCUAUUAUUGAGUCCGAUGAUGAUGACAAUAACGAUGAUUCCGACUCCGAUGUUGUUCCAGUCCAUCGUACCAAACGGAGGAAACAAGAACGAUCACAGCCUCCAUCAAAACGCAAUACACCAGUGCUACCUUCGGCUUCAGCAUCCGACUCCGACUCAGACGUGUAUGGGGGUGCUCGAGCACGUACGGCGACCAAAAAGAAUCGCCGUCGCCAGCUUGAAUCCGGCAACCCGGCACCAGUGUACCAAGAAAAGCGGUGGAAUAGCCGUAGAGCUGCGCAGGUCACCGCUGGAGCCUACCAAGAGAGCGAACCCGACUUCGAGGAUGAAUCCGAAAUGAUGACACCGAAUUAUUGGGUUGGCGAAACCGAGGAUACCACUCCCUACAUUGAUGUCGUUCUGAAGCACAAACUCAAGGAAGACCAGGACAUACACAAAGACGACCUGGGCCGGGACGACUUCGAAUACUUCAUCAAAUGGCAGGGCAAGUCUCACUACCAUGCUACCUGGGAGACCACUACCUCAUUGACUGGUAUGCGAGGAUUCCGUCGGCUUGAGAACUACUACCGAAAGAUAGUACUGGAGGACAUAUUUAUAGCCCGUGGCAGUGACAUACCCCCGGAGGAGAAGGAGAAAUGGCUGUUGGACCGAGAGCGUGAUUCCGAUGCUCUUCUGGACUACACCAAAGUGGAGCGUGUUAUUGGCACUCGAAUGGGCGAAGACGAGACCGAGUACUUCGUCAAGUGGAAGGGACUCUACUACGAAUCUUGCACCUGGGAAACCUCGUCUCUUGUUAGCGAAAUUGCUCAGGGCGCCAUUGAUCAGUUCUUGGAUCGCUCCUCGCGCUCAUUGAUAUCAGACAAGGGGGAGUCUAAUCCAAAUACUCGUGGGCCACAUGUGCCUAUCCGAGAACAGCCGCCCUAUGUCAAGAAUGGACAACUCAGAGACUUUCAAAUAACGGGGCUGAACUUCUUGGCUUAUAACUGGUGCAAGAACAAGAACGUCAUCCUUGCAGAUGAGAUGGGCCUGGGAAAGACCGUUCAGACCGUAUCUUUCAUGAACUGGCUUCGACAUGACAGGAAACAGGAAGGACCGUUCCUGGUUGUCGUACCCCUGACGACUAUUCCGGCAUGGGCAGACACUUUCGAAUACUGGUCUCCUGAUCUCAACUACGUUGUUUACAAUGGGAAAGAAUCAUCUCGCAACAUCAUUCGCGAAUAUGAAUUGCUUUCGCAAGGCAACGUCAAGAAACCCAAAUUCAACGUUCUGCUUACAUCUUACGAAUACAUUCUCACGGAUGCAGCCUUUCUCUCCCAGAUCAAGUGGCAGUUUUUGGCCAUCGAUGAAGCCCAUCGUUUGAAGAAUCGGGAAUCUCAACUCUACCAGAGACUGCUUGACUUCAAAGCCCCAAGUAGAUUGCUCAUCACAGGUACACCGGUUCAAAACACACUUGGAGAGUUAUCCGCCCUCAUGGACUUCCUUAUGCCCGGCGAGCUGGACAUUGAGGAUGAUUUGGACUUGACGGAUGAGGCCGCUGGGGAGAAGAUCGCAGCACUGACUAAUAAGAUCCAACCUUACAUCCUUCGCCGGACUAAGCAGAAGGUUGAGAAUGACUUGCCUCCGAAGACUGAGAAGAUCAUUCGAGUUGAGCUUUCUGACGUCCAGUUGGACUACUACAAGAACAUUCUCACAAGGAAUUAUGCUGCUCUGAAUGAAGGAGGCAAGGGCCAGAAGCAAUCUCUUCUCAACAUCAUGAUGGAGCUGAAGAAAGCUAGCAAUCACCCUUACAUGUUUCCCAAUGCCGAGGAAAAGAUUCUGAAAGGGAGUGACCGGCGUGAGGAUCAUCUGAAAGGCCUGAUUGCGAGCAGUGGCAAGAUGAUGCUUUUGGACCAACUGUUGACCAAGUUGAAACGGGACAACCAUCGUGUUCUCAUUUUCAGCCAAAUGGUGAGAAUGCUCGAUAUUCUGGGCGACUAUCUUCAGCUUCGAGGUUAUCAAUUCCAACGCCUCGAUGGUACAAUCGCAGCUGCUCCUCGUCGCAUGGCCAUCGACCAUUUCAAUGCUGAGGGCAGUAAUGACUUUUGUUUCUUGUUGUCCACCCGGGCUGGUGGUCUGGGAAUCAAUCUGAUGACUGCUGACACCGUCAUCAUAUUUGACUCUGACUGGAACCCACAAGCCGAUCUUCAGGCCAUGGCUCGUGCUCAUCGCAUCGGACAAAAGAAGCCUGUCAGUAUCUACCGACUGGUUUCGAAGGAGACGGUAGAAGAAGAGGUUCUUGAGCGAGCACGUAACAAGCUCAUGCUAGAGUUCAUCACGAUCCAGCGAGGUGUUACUGACAAGGAGAAGAAAGAGUUGCGGGAAAAGGCUGUUAAGGCGGGCAAGAUUGACGACCCAAAAUCCUCAGACGACAUCUCGAGAAUUCUCAAGCGGCGUGGACAGAAGAUGUUUGAGCAGUCAGGAAACCAGAAGAAGCUCGAGGAACUCGAUAUUGAUUCAGUACUUGAAAACGCGGAAGAGCACAAGACUGAGGUUCCAGAGGGCAUGGUCGCUGAUGGUGGCGAAGACUUCUUGAAGAGUUUUGAGUACACGGAUGUCAAAAUCGAUCUUGAAUGGGACGACAUCAUCCCCAAAGAUGCGCUCGCGGAACUCAAGGCUGAAGAAGAGAAGCGGAAUCACGAAGAGUACCUCGCUAAGGUCGUCGAAGAGAAUGCGCCCCGCAAAGCUACCAAGAAGAACAACGCAGAAGUUGAGAGGGAACAGCGUCUUGCCAAGAAGAGGGAGCGUGACCAAGCGAAACAAGACGAGCUCGAGGAGAAGAGAGAGGCUCAGGCCAAUCGUGCGGAUCCCAAGAGGGAAUUGAACGAAAAGGAGGCUAGAAACCUUUUCCGUGCCUUUCUUCGUUAUGGCUCCAUCGACGAGCGCAGAGAUGAGCUCGUCAAAGAGGCUCGUCUUAUUGGCCGAGAUCUGGACCUUCUCCGUGCCACGAUCAAGGCUAUAACGGAUGAAAGUGACAGAAGACUCAAAGAGGACACUGCUAGAAUUGAAGCUAUGGAACGCGAAAACAACAAACCUGUCACGAAGAAAGACAGGAAAGCCGUUCUGUUUGACUUCCUCGGCGUCAAGAGACUCAACGCAGAGACGGUUAUGGAGCGCCCGGGUGAGAUGAUGAUGUUGAAAGAGAUCAUCGCUGCUGCCUCGGACUUCAGAAACUUCCGCGUUCCAGACGCUUCCAAAGCAGCACACUAUUCUUGUGAAUGGGGUGCUAGAGAAGACGGUAUGCUGCUUGUUGGUAUCCAUCGACAUGGUUACGGUGCAUGGGUUCAAAUCAGAGAUGAUCCGGACCUUGGACUGAAAGAAAAGCUUUUCCUCGAGGAGCACCGGGUCGACAAGAAGGAGGAGCGAACCAAGGGUGAGGAAAAGGUUGCUAAGGCCCCCGGGGCUGUCCACCUUGUUCGCCGAGCAGAUUAUCUGCUUUCUGUUCUGAAGGCCAAAUAUUCCGAUAAUCAAGCCGCGAAGCGAGCCGUCGAAAAUCACCAUCGAAACAACAAGAAGAAUGAGCGCAUGAACGGGCAUCGUCGGGCAGGCUCUGUCUCCGCGUCCCCCGCUCCUCAGGCAAGGAGUAAGAACCGCAUACCCGAGUCUUAUCACAGCCGCGAUAGAGAUCGAGACCGAGAUAUCGACUCGCGCCGCCAUGGGGAUUCGAGUACGCCCAAGUUCGAGAGAAAGCAUAGUGUACCGGAUGAUCGGCACGGUGACCGUCACUCGAAAGCACGCAAGUCGGAGAAUGGACAUUCAAAAUCAGGUCAUGAGCAAGAUUCGUCUGAUUCUAUGAUGCGUCUCAUCUUCAAGCCCAUCAGAGACAGUCUCAAGCGGGUCCAAUCGGCGACGAAGGACCGCAUCGAAUCAUCCAAGGAGCGUGCCAGCAUCAUGAAAACCGAACUUAUUGUUGCUGGUGACUUCAUUCAAGACUUGAUCCAGGAGGAUGAAGGGAAGUUGAUCCAGGAGGACGAAGGGAAGAAGCUGAAGAUGAGAUUCUGGGAGUAUUUCGCAGGUUACUGGCCUGGAUCAGCAGCCUCUCCGAGCAAGCUGGAAGGCAUGUAUUUGAAAAUCUCUAGCGCCGAGCCCAAGAGUAAUGGUCCUUCGGGGACCUCUCCAAAUGGCUCUUCUGCACCGGCGGCUGCCAUCAGAAAUUGA